AAAAAAAAAAAAAAGAAAGGAUUGGAUUCGAAGAAGAGGAGAAAUAAGAUGAUGUCGUGUACGAUGUCCUUAGCUUACCCAAGCCAUUAUAAACAAUAUUAGUCUAUAUAGAUUUGCGUGCCAACGUGUCUAUAUAUAUAUGUAUAUAUAUCUGCCAUUGCCGUUAGCUUCUUUUCUUUCUCUGAUCAUUUUCUUUUGUUUUCUUUUUUCCUCUCUGCGACAAUUUCCACUUCAUUUUCCUCUCCGGCCACCAUGACUGUUCGUUCGGCUUCGAAUAAAGAUGAUACUGAUGAGAACGCAAGGACCUCUUAUUUUAAUUUACCAGCUCUGGAUGUCUCAAUCGCUUUUCCCCAAGCAACUCCAGCUUCUGUUUUUCCUCCAUGUACUUCAGAUUAUUAUAUCUUUGAUGAUCUUUUGACUCAUGAGGAAAAAUCUGUGAGGAUGAAAGUUCGAGAGUGCAUGGAAAAAGAUGUAGCACCAAUAAUGGCAGAGUACUGGGAGAAGGCAGAGUUUCCAUUCCAAAUUAUUCCAAAUCUGGGUGCCCUGCGUGUUACUGGUGGCACAAUUAAGGGUUAUGGUUGUCCUGGUCUUUCUCUUACUGCAAAUGCCAUUGCUACUGCAGAGAUUGCUAGAGUUGAUGCUAGUUGUUCAACUUUUGUCCUUGUCCAUUCUUCACUUGCAAUGCUCACCAUUGGCUUGUGUGGAUCUGAGGCGCAAAGGGAGAAAUAUUUACCUUCUUUGGCCCAACUAAAAACUGUAGCUUGUUGGGCUUUGACCGAACCUGGCUAUGGAAGUGAUGCAAGUUCUUUAGCAACUACUGCAACUAAGGUUGAAGGAGGUUGGGUUCUUGAAGGUCAAAAGCGUUGGAUAGGAAACAGUACUUUUGCUGAUGUGUUGAUUAUUUUUGCUCGAAACACAACAACAAAUCAGAUAAAUGGAUUUAUUGUAAACAAGAAUGCCCCUGGAUUAACAGCUACCAAAAUAGAAAAUAAAAUAGGUCUGCGAAUGGUUCAGAAUGGAGAUAUUCUCUUGAAAAAGGUUUUUGUUCCUGAUGAGGACAGAUUGCCUGGAGUUAAUUCUUUUCAGGAUACUAGCAAGGUUCUUGCUGUUUCCCGUGUUAUGGUUGCUUGGCAACCUAUUGGUAUAUCAAUGGGUGUCUAUGACAUGUGUCACAGGUAUCUGAAAGAGAGGAAACAAUUUGGAGCUCCACUGGCAGCUUUCCAAAUCACUCAGGAGAAACUUGUCCGUAUGCUGGGCAAUGUUCAAGCAAUGCUACUGAUGGGUUGGCGACUUUGCAAGCUCUAUGAGACCGGUAAAAUGACUCCAGGUCAAGCUAGCUUAGCCAAGGCUUGGAUAACCUUAAAGGCAAGGGAAACCGUCUCUCUAGGACGGGAAUUACUUGGCGGAAACGGCAUCUUAUCUGAUUUCUUAGUAGCCAAGGCGUUCUGUGAUCUAGAACCUAUAUACACAUUUGAAGGGACGUAUGACAUCAACAGCUUGGUUACAGGUAGAGAAAUCACUGGUUUCGCCAGCUUCAAACCAUCUGCUUCUAGCCACAGAAGUCGCCUGUGACACUGUAAUUCUCUCUUAACUCCAAUUCCAAUUCCAUGUGGAAUUGUCUUUAAUUCCAUUGUUGAUGGGGUUGGGUUGGCUAUUACAUUAUAUGCUUUACAAUAAAUCUUAUUGUAAGUUAUAGAAUAAGAUAGGCUCAUGCUAAGGCCGUAUUAUAUUAAUGUUUGUUUUUUUUUGCUGAAACAUAUUAUGUUAAUGUUGUUUGUUGAGUUUUGGUCCUUACAUUGGACCAAAACUUAUGUAAACACUUGUCAUAACUGAAGCUGGACUUUCGAGAACUACGGGUAGCCGAAACACAGAUAUGUUUUAAAAGCAUCCCUUAUUCAGUUUCUAUUAUUGCCUCGCCUUGUAACUUUAUAAUACGAGGACUGAAAAGUGCUAAGGAGAUUCUCUUUUGUA